UUGGUAAAUGAUCCGGCUCAAGAACAGAGCGAAGCAGGUCUGACAGACCGCAGGCGCGAGAGCAUCCGCAUACAGCAGAUACAGCGAAGGCGCCGAGUUGCAUUCGGCGUCAUAGGGGUAUUGGUGCUCAUCGUGGUGGGAAUUCUUUUCGCGGGGUAUGUGUUUAUCUUCGUGCGACCGCCGCAGGAGCGUGUGGUGAGCGUGAACGAUGUUAUCUACACGCGCGGCGAUAUGGUGAAGAUGCUGCGGAUACGGCAGCGGCUGCUGGAAGACUCGGGGCAGCGCAUAGACACGGGCAGCGACAUUUUCCAGGCGUUGCAGCUCAUUGUGGAGAACGAGAUUAUUUCCCAGUCCGCGCCGAGUAUCGGCAUUACGGUGUCGGACGAAGAGGUUGACCAGCAGAUUCAAGGGACUAUCAUCUUCCAGUCGGGCGGAAGUCUUGCGGGCAAGUCGGAUGAGCAGGUCGACCGCGAGUUUAAGGAGCUAUACGGGAAUUUCCUGAACUCCUCACAGAUUAGCGAGGAUGAGCACCGCGAUAUUGUGCGACGCUCGCUGCUGCGGGAGAAGGUGCGGCAGUAUGUGGGCGAGAGCGUGCCGGCUGUCGCCAAGCAGUACCAUGUCUAUCGGCUCGCCGUGAGUCAAGAGGACGAGAUAGACAUCAUGAUUACGAAGUAUAACGACUAUGUGAAGAACAGCACCGACCCGCGGCUGCUACAUGAGGCGUUCAAGGCGAUUACGCGUGAGUUCUCACGGGAAGUGCCGGAGCUUGUGCGGCGCGGCGGCGAGGUAGGUUGGCUUCCUCUUGGCGUAAUCGAAGACUACGAUGAUGUGAUCGCCCGUGUUGAAGUGGGCAAGCUAAGCGAUCCUAUCCCGAACCGGGACCAGCGGCAGCAGGCGUUUGUGUUCAUGGUCUCGGAGAUUGACGAACUGCGUGAGCUUGCGCCCGUCAAUCACGAGGCGCUGAAGACGCGCGCGCUAGAACACUGGAUUAACGAACAGCGCCGCGAGCAUGAUGUGUACGCGGUGUUCAACUCGGAUAUCUAUGCGUGGAUAAUCCAGCAGCUUGGCAUCUCCACGGCGAUAACGCCGUCGCCGCAGCCGACGAAUCCGCUCCAGCAGUUCCUGGGUGUGAAUUAA